CAUGUAAUAUGUGUGACACGAAAACUAUAAUGAAAAGUGUUUCAGUCCAGUGUAAUUCAUAUAAGGAAAUGGGUUAAUGGUCCAGUCGAGCUUCUGAAAGCCGCGCCGAUAAGCGAAUGGCUUUCACAACGCAGCGUCAUUGUGUGCUCGUGUAUUGUUUAAUGGUUCACUCUGUUGUAAUGAAAGCAAACGGAGUUGCAGUCCCGGUUCUUUAGCGCAGGCUUAUGUUGUUAAGGGCUCUUUCCUGAGCUUUUGGUUUCGAUUCUGGAUGGGAACAGUUGUUUGCGUGGAUCUCUCUCACAUUAGCAAUUUUAGUUUCAGUGUCAAGAAAAUAUCCACGGUAGUAUUUUAACCGUGUUUACGGGUGUGCCUGUCCGACUCCGCUGAUCAUCGUUUUACCGGUCUUUUUUCUGCGUUUAUGCGCUAUGGAGCCGCCCGUGCUGUGCGCUCUUCUUAUAACCGCGAUUGCACUGCGUCAGGCCGAAUGCGUCGUGAGAAUUUAUUAUAUAGCAAUAACAGAAGAAGUCUGGAACUAUGCACCCAGCAAGCAAAACCUUAUUAAUAACAGAAGCAUUGAUCAAGACAAACAUGCAUCUGUGUAUCUGUCAAGUGGCCCUACUCGAAUAGGAAGUGUUUACAAAAAGGCUGUGUACAGGCAGUACACAGAUGACUCUUACACCACAGAGAUCCCUAAACCUGCCUGGCUCGGCUUUCUUGGACCCAUUUUACGGGCUGAAGUUAAUGAUGUCAUGGUGGUCCAUCUGAAGAAUUUCGCAAGCAGGCCUUAUUCUCUCCACCCACAUGGAGUGUUCUAUGAGAAGGAUUCAGAGGGAGCAUUGUAUCCAGAUGGCACCUCUGGACGUGAUAAGAGUGAUGAUGCAGUACCUCCAAAUGAGACCCACACAUACAACUGGACGGUCAAACAAGAGUACGCUCCCACUGAAGGAGAUGCUAGCUGUCUCACCUGGAUUUACCAUUCACAUGGAGAUGCACCGAAAGAUAUUGCAUCAGGACUUAUAGGAGCUCUGCUCACCUGCAAGAAAGGCAUUUUGGACAAUUCCGGUCAGAAGCGCUCUGAUGUGGACGAAGAUUUCAUUCUGAUGUUUAGUGUGGUGGAUGAGAACUUGAGCUGGUAUUUGGAGGAGAAUGCUGAAAGGUUUUGCUCUGACUCAACUGCAACAAAAGAACUAAUUGAAAAUGUGGAUGAGGACUUCAGAGAGUCUAACUAUAUGCACUCAAUAAAUGGCUAUGUUUAUGGUAAUUUGCCUGCACCGAAAUUGUGUGUGGGGCAUACUGUGUCUUGGCAUCUCUUCGGCAUUGGCAAUGAGGUGGACAUUCAUUCUGCCUACUUCCAUGGGCACACCGUCCUUGAUCGUGGGCACCGCACAGAUGUUCUUAGUUUGUUUCCUGCCUCAUUUGUCACCGCGACAAUGACCCCAAGGACGAAAGGAAAAUGGUUGUUAAGUUGCCAAGUCAACGAUCAUGUACGAGCAGGUAUGCAGGGUUUCUAUGAGGUCUCUGGCUGUGGGUCGACGGCCUCUCCGACAGAAGUCCCUGGCAUUAAGAGACAUUUCUACAUUGCUGCUGAGGAGGUGUAUUGGGACUACGCCCCUUCUAAGAUGAACUACAUGGAAAAUACAACACUUACUAAACCAGACAGUGACUCUGAAGUGUAUUUCAGUCAUGAUGGUGGUAAGCUGGGUGGAAAAUACUUAAAGGCCAGAUACAUUUCAUACACUGAUGGAACAUUUACCAACAAGACACACAUUGCGGGCUCAGAUGUGCAUCUUGGCAUUCUGGGUCCUGUCAUCAGAGCAGAGACUGGUGAUGUUAUCGUUGUCACAUUCUUUAAUAAUGCUAUGCGUGACUACAGCAUUCAGCCACACGGUUUGCAAUAUGAGAAAGCCUAUGAAGGAGCUAUGUAUCAGGAUGGUACUCAGAAAGAUGGAGCCUCUGUGGCUCCAGGUGAAAAAUUUACCUAUCAUUGGAGAGUAACAGAAGGUCCCUCCGACAGUGACCCUCCCUGUCUUUCAUACUUGUAUUAUUCUGCUGUUGAUCCUGUUCGUGACACUAACUCCGGUCUAAUUGGGCCCGUACAAGUGUGCAAGAAAGGUGUUCUUGAUGGGAGUGGGCAUCAGCGUGCGGACAAUAUUCAGCAUGAGUUUUUUCUUCUAUUCUCUGUGAUGGAUGAAAAUGAAAGCUGGUAUCUGGAAGACAACAUUAAAAAGUUUGGCAGCAAGGAAUCAGAUACAUCUGAUGAAGAAUUUCAGGAGAGCAAUAAGAUGCAUGCGGUGAAUGGCUACAUGUAUGGAAACCUUCUUGGUCUGGAAUUGUGUAAUGGGGAACAUGUUGUGUGGCACACACUUGGCUUGGGCACAGAGGUGGAUAUCCAUGGUAUCUAUUUCCAAGGCAACACGUUUCAACGGGAUGGGAUGAACCGUGACACUCUGAAUCUCUUCCCGCAUACCACAGUGACUGUUAGCAUGACACCCGACAAUAAUGGUAUUUUUGAGCUGAGCUGUCAUACAGGUGAUCACUACACUGCAGGUAUGCGCCAACAUUACAAGGUCAAGUUCUGUUCGGCAAAGACUCCCGCACUAGAACAUUUCACCUCUAAUGAACGCUACUACAUAGCAGCAGAGGAAGUUGAAUGGAAUUAUGCCCCAGACCGUAAAUGGGAACUGGAGAAACACAUGACUACACUGGAGGAUAGCCCUGGAAGUAUUUACCUCAAUCAAUCAAGUAAUAGGAUUGGUGCUAAGUAUAAGAAGGUGGUGUUCCGUGAAUACACAGAUGGGACAUUCACCGAAAAGAAACCCAGGCGUGUAGAGGAAGAGCAUUUAGGAAUAAUGGGUCCCAUACUUAGAGCUGAGGUUGGUGAGAAGAUUCAGGUUGUGUUUAAAAAUAAUGCCCGCAGACCAUAUUCUGUACAUGCCCAUGGAGUAAAGACCAAUGAUUCCAAUCAGAUUUAUGUUCAACCAGGUCAUGUGCUGACAUACAAUUGGACCAUUCCAGAACGAUCAGGUCCAGGUCCCAAUGAUCCAAAUUGUAUAACAUUUGCCUACUACUCAUCUGCCAGCUUUGUUGAGGACUUGAUGAGCGGUUUGGUGGGUCCACUGAUAGUGUGCCGUAAAAACACCCUGAAUGCCGACAGACGCAGAAAAGACAUUGAUAAAGAGUUUGCCCUCCUUUUCAUGGUGUUUGAUGAAAAUAAUUCCCACUACCUAGAUGAAAACAUAAGAACGUACCUCAAGACAGACCCAGACCAAUUUAAAAAAUAUGAUGAGGACUUUAUGGAGAGCAACAAAAUGCAUGGUAUUAAUGGAAAGCUGUAUGGUAAUCUGCAUGGAUUAAAUAUGACAGAGAAAGACAAGACUGAAUGGUAUCUGUUAGGACUGGGAAGUGAGGUGGACAUGCACACUGUGCACUUCCAUGCUCAGAGCUUCAUUUACAAAACAGAUCAGUCCCAUCGUGCUGAUGUAUAUGACCUGUUCCCAGGGACUUUUCAGACCAUUGAGCUGAUUGCAGGAAGUCCUGGGCAGUGGCUGCUGCACUGUCAUGUGACUGACCACAUCUAUGCGGGCAUGGAGACACUUUUCACAGUUCAUCCUAAAGUUGGGGUGGAAGAAAAAAGGCCCAGUUUGGACUUAGAAGAUAACAAUUUUGAAUCCACUGGCGAGAAUGGUAGGAAGACAGUCAAUAUUGCCUUCAGUCAUUUUACAAGCCUGUCCACUGCCAUGCUGUAUUUCUUUGGAUUGGUCCUACUGAGCCUUGUAACACAUUAGAAGAGAUCAAAGUGACCAUAAGCCAGUCAGAAUCAAAAUUUAUUGGAACAGCACUGAUGUUCUCCACUUAUGUACCUCAUCUAGCAUUCUCAUUGCACUGCUGUUGAAGAGACUUCUCGUGUUUUGUAAAAAAACAACACAUAGCAUGUCAUCAAUUUUGGAGGCAUUGACUGUUUAUAGUUAAAGGAAUAGUUCACUCAAAAAUGAAAAUUCUCUCAUCAUUUACUGACACUUAUGCCAUCCCGGAUCUGUAUGACUUUCUAAAGCAGAACACAAAUGAAGAUUUUAAGAAUUUCUCAGCUCUUUUCUAUGGAAAGAAUAUAGUAUCAAAAUUAUUAACACAUGCAUAAACAAUUAUACAUCCAUUUGAUAAAUGCCACACAUGUAUCUUGCCAUCAACACACAAAUGCCUUUCAACUUGUGUCUGUGAAAUUCAGAACUGAAUGAACGUGCCACAGUUUUUACAAAAAUAGACACAUUUAUGAAAUAAAAUGUUCUGUUUUGUAUAAAUGUAUUACAAUUUGUGCAUGCAACCAUAGGAAGAUGUUUCAAAUCAAACACAAAAUGAACUUGUGAAGUGUUGAAUGCACAUUUCUGGAACAACUGACAUGCAUGCAUUCAUUAAUGUCUGUUUGUGUCAACUCUCAUUCAUUUGAAUUUUGAGACUUCCUUUCAGAAAUUGUGUGUCUGUAACAAGGCCAAACAUUCAAGGGUAUGUAAACUUUUAAUCAGGGCCAUUUGGUUGAUUUCUGUUAUCAUUAUGAGGAAAAAAAAGGAGCCAAAAAACUUUGAUAAUAAAUGGCUUCAUAUGAUCACUAUCAUUAAAUAUCAAUAUAAUUUUUUGCAUGAUCAGUCAAAUUUUCAAAAUCAAUGCCAAAAUUUCACAAUUUCUGCCAGGGUAUGCAAACUUUUGAGCACACCUGUAAAUAUUGAUCUGAAUUGAACCAUUGGAGUCUUAUGGAUUACUUUUAUGCUGCCUUUACAUGCUUUUUUGAGUGUCAACAUUUUGGCACCCAUUCACAUGCAUUGUGAGGACCUACAGAGCUGAAAUAUUCUUCUAAAAAUCUUAAUUUGUGUUCUGCAGAAGAAAGUCAUACACAUCUGGUAUGGCAUGAGUGUGAGUAAAUGAUGAGAGAAUUUUUUGGGAUAACUAUUCCUUUAACAAUGGAGUCUUUCUGUGUUGUUGCUGUCGCAGACCUUUAGGAAAUGUAUAUCUAUAGCAUCAAAUCGAAACAGGAUUUUAAAGUAAUGAACUUUACAUUUUAAUUUAUAGCUUGUGACUACAGAUACUCCAAUAGAUACUGACUGGUAACACACAUUUAGUAAGAUGUAUUUAACAGUGGUGUAUCCAGGACAUUUUUACUGGGGUGGCCGAGAUGGGGCACAGACCUAGUGUGGGGUGGUGAUACCGGGAGAACCUUUAUGAAUGGCACAUGAUCAAAAUGUGUAAAUAUCGCAUUGCUUUGCUUCAACAUCUACACAUGUAGAAUAAAUGAAUUCUUAAACUCA